AUGUGUCACCUUCUGUGUUGUAGAGUGACGGAGGUUCUCCGGCUUCAAUUCAAGCAUAUCGAUCUCGAUAGUGGGCGUGUGCAAGUUGGGGAGCUGAAGAAGCAAGAGAAGAUCUUGAAACCGCUCACAGACACAGCGAAGACUUUCUUCACACAAUUGCGAGACAACGCUGGUCACUCUGAGCAAAGGACUCGCCGUUGUGGGAGCCGAGGGUACGUCACCUAUCAAGACUCAUGGGGCUGGUCAGCAGAUCCCGAGGCAUUCCUCUUCCCCGCGACCCGGAAAGAUGCUACUGCGAAACACAUGAACAAGGACACCGCAUCAGCAGCUAUCAGAAGGGCCCGAGCAUCCUUUGUCCCGCCUGCUGGUACGGACGUGAAAAUAGGCAACAUACGGAGCCACUCGAGUCGGCAACGUGCCAUCAACGACCUGAAGGUCACGGGUGUCAGCGCUCCCGUCGGUAAGCGCUUUGCCCGUAUCGUUAGUGACCGAGUUUGGGAAGGCUAUGGCCAACUCACAACAGACCAAGUGGAUGCAGGCCUGAAACAAGCUCCAGCCUUUCAGCAGAUGCAAAACGAGAUCUACCAUGAUGCUUGA